CGACAAACUCCGCUAUAGCGUAAUGGCAACAACCAACCAUCAUGAUCCUAAUUAGUUUUUCGAAAGGGCAGGAAAUUCCCACACAUCCGGGGGGUUUGGAUCCGACAAGACUCUUCCCACUAACGUGGGAUGUACUUGAACUCCGCGUGACGCAGAUCUGAGACACAACUGCCGCGGAAGAAGAUUCCAAGAAAACACGAUUCUAGCGCGAGCACUGGCAUCAUGCCAUGAUGAUCACCGGCGAAUGCGCUUCUGCCAUGCUGGCAGACCGGUUCAGUAUCAAAUGGCCACAAUUUGAUUGGCUGACCGUCAGCCGCAACUAACGGGGAACGUUCAUUUCGAUAAACUUCAGCCGCUGUGCUGCCUUCGUCCAGUGCGAUUUCAGCCUUUUUCUAAUGUUUAAUCAUUGGCUCCUGCGUGCCCGCCAUGAUACAAUAUAUAAGCUCCCUCGCUCCCAUAAAUCCUUUAUUGUUUCACCCAUCCACCCGUUAACCAGUCAUGACCUCAACUCACCCGGUGUCUGCCAGCACUACAACAACUACGGUCCCCCUACCUAACAGAGAUACUAUGUCUGGCAGUUCGGUCAACAAACAACCACCAGUAUGGUCACUGGAAUCAAACGGAACCUUAAAUUCCUUAACUCCACCACUCAACGAAAAAUGCGAUAGACUUGGCCGCCAAGAUGGUGUUUGUUGCAAGGAACUCAAGGGCGAAGACGAUAGAACCCUGAUAGAUCCUGAUGUUGUCCGAGACAUCAUUAUUGGAUUGUCGGAUGGCCUGACUGUUCCCUUCGCGCUGACAGCCGGUCUGUCUGGCUUGGGGACUUCAAGAUUAGUUGUUGUCGGCGGCCUUGCAGAACUUAUUGCAGGUGCCAUAUCGAUGGGAAUAGGUGGCUUUCUUGCAUCCCAGGCUGAGCGGGACCAUUAUCGGUUCAUGCGACGUCACACCUAUUCACGGGUGAAUCGGAGUUGCAUUGGAGAAAUGGAGAGAGAGGUGUACGCUAUUUUGGGUCCUGUCGGUGUCGAUGAAUCAGCCUCUCAGGCUGUCACGAGUUGCCUGCGGAAAAUAGAGGAUGAGCCUGGGUUUGACGGAACUCCCGUACCUGCCGAUGAGGAGAAACCAUCACGGGGGAUGAAGAGCGAACAUGGGCUAACACCUUUCUUACUGAAAUUUGGAGAGGGGAUGGAGGAAAUUCCGAAUCGCCGACUAUACAUCUCCGCGUUCACUAUCGGCAUGGGAUACCUCCUUGGCGGUAUCAUCCCCCUGCUUCCAUAUUUCUUCAUUGCUAAAGCAAUUGAUGCACUGAAGAUUUCUUGCAUAAUUACUGGGAUAGUUCUUCUCAUAUUUGGUACGGUUAAAGCUCGAGUGACGGGGGCAGCAAGGAAUAUCUGGGGAUAUAUCUGGGGAGCAGUCAGUACGAUGGCUGUUGGCGGAUUUGCUGCCGCUGCCGCAUACGGGUUGGUUGUCGCAGUGGAAAGAUCGUCUAUAUCGUAGCGGCGCUCGGUCGUGCCAGUCCCUGACUCCGCUGUUCUGCAUGAUUAUUUAGCUCAUUCACAUUGUAUAUCGACUUCGACGUGGUAGACCAUACGCCCUAAUCUAAAAAAAACCGUGAUGUUCAAUACCUA